ACACGCCACGACCGCGGCGUCGUCAUUUCCCGUUCCCAUCUGUUUAUCCUUCUACGAGAUGUUUUAAAACGACGUAAAUGACGCUAGACGAGGGAACGUCCACUCAGGAAUCGAUUCGACCCGGCCAUCGAAGACAGCGAAUAAACUCGUCAUCUCGAAACUCCAUACCUUUUCGUAAAACGUUCGAUGCUGCUUCAUUACCGGCGACAAUACGUUUACAAACAUAUGGCCAGCGAUUCUCAUACAGCCGGCAAACGAUGGAACGUGAAAUAAAGUAUUGUAAAGGCUUUGGUCGAUUAUCGUUCGAAAGAGCUGGUGGGUACGUCCAUUGAAGUCGAGGUAGAAAUAGCGUAAAACUGGUACCGAGCAGUUCAAUAACAAAUAUAGCUGGGCGCGGAGCGAUAGGAGAACCUCUGGCGCGUCGAUUUGAGGCGACGAUGUCCUCGAGAAAAAUUUUGUUACACAUACUCGGAUUCAGAUAACAUGGUUAGCGAAUUGGCCGAGUAAGAGCGUAAACAACGUGGAACUUGCAUCAUGCGAUUCAUAAUUCGUAAUUAGAUACUCGUGUAUAUAGUAGAUAGGUGUGCGGAUUGGAUACGUGGACGAAGAGCAUAGCAGCGCAGCAAGAGAGAGCCCCUGGCUGGGAGCUACGUGACGAUUUCAGAGGGCGUCGACGAAAUCGUCCGAUCCGUCGCAGCGUAGAAGCAGCUUGUGGGAGAGGAGAGACGGGAGGACGACGUUUGGUAGGGAUCGAGCUGGGUCGACGUUAGCGGAGACGGAGGGGCCGCCGCUGUUAGUAAGCGAACGCAGCCAUCUUGCGAGGUUCAGUCGGAAACCAACUGCCGAGCAGUGAGGGAAGGUGAAUGAACAGAAGACCCGAUGUGUUAGCCGAAGGAUUUUUAAUGCGCUUCCGAGCCCGGUUACCGCUACGUGCGAGAAGAGGCUGUGCGAUACCGACAACGGAGCACCGACCAUCAGGAGAUUUUCGCUUACGGAGAAACCCCGGUUUAUCCUGCGAAAGAGGAGUCGAGGGAAGAGCGGAAGUAGGCCAGGUUUCGAAGCUGGGUCUGGAAGAGAACUCGAGGCGGAAUCAAACGGUCCUACGGAUAUUUUGAUUCUCCUCGAAGAGGUUUGCUCGCUGCUCGUUUAACAUCUUGUCGGAUUGAAAAACGGUGGCGGAGUCGAUCCGGUAGUGAUCAGAGAAAAGGGAGGCAGCGGCAGAUCGUGAGAAAUUGAAAAAGAAGGAAAGAACGGAGGCUGAAGAAGAUAUAUCUUCUGAGGAAGAGCAGUGUCCAAGUCUGUGAUAGUAUUUAUUCAAACGAUUCAUCCGCGACGCGUAUCAUCGACUACGGUAACAUCGCCUGUCGCUGGUGUAAGUCACGAAGCAAGUUGGAAAAACAGAAACAGAGAACUAGGUAGCCUUUAUAUAUUUAUUUAUAUCUGUGAUACCGACACUGAUAUACAUCCAGCUGUCCCAGGAGAGGAAAAUCGAAUAAAAUAGUGCGCGUCGGUAAUGACAGAAGCAUAAAAUACACGAGAACACCUCGCACACGAGAUUCGGGAAUUUCGGAUAAUGGGAGAGAAGAUUAUAUCAGUAUCUUAGUGGACGUAGAUGUUUUUGUAUAUACAACUGACUCUUUUUUACAAUUAUUAAGUGAAAGAACACGAUAAGAGAGAUAAAGUGAGUUUAUAAUCAUUGUUCGUGAAGUAAGGAAUAAGGAGCACGAGAAGAAGCCUCGUCUCGAGAAAAAAACAUACCAUUUCUCUUCGGUUCCCUUUUGCUAAUAACCGAGCUGAGUGGUAUCGUCAAAAUGGUGGAGAAAAUCUUGGAAGAACGAGAGGAUGGGUGCCAAGAGGCUGGACGAGGUACGUUCUGUUCUUAACGAAAUCGCAUAGAACGUUGGGGAAAUGGAAAAAAUUCAACGAUCGAAGCCGCGUUGUUUCGAGAAACGAUUUGAUGUUGGGGAUCAGGAAACGGGUAGCGGUCGCAGAACGCGAACAGCGAAGGGCGAAGGUUAACGAAGGACGGGCUCGUGCCGAGGGGAGGCCGAGAGACUACGCAGUUACGCAGCACCGCGUAGUUGAAUUAUUUUCGAGGGUCGAAGUGGGUUAGUCGGUUCGUGUUCGAGUUGGAUGGAAAUCGUGAAGGAGAGCGAUGAGGAGACGAAUUGCAGGGAUGCGGUGAACGCGACCGGCGAAUCUAUGAGCGCUGUGCAAGCGCGACAGGAGGAAGCUAGACGCAAGAGACGUAAGAAGAAGCGGUCUGGCUCGUCCUUGAUGUCUUCUUGCUUCCAAGAACUGUACAAAUUGACUGGCGAAGUUCUUGGCGAAGGUGCUUACGCUUCUGUUCAGACAUGUAGAUCGCUCUACACGGAUUUGGAGUACGCAGUUAAGAUAAUCGAUAAGAUUCCUGGACACGCACGGGCGCGCGUAUUCAAAGAGGUCGAGACUUUCCACCACUGUCAGGGGCACCCGAACAUCAUCCAGUUGAUCGAGUUCUUUGAAGACGAAGAGAAAUUUUAUCUGGUGUUCGAAAAGGUGAACGGUGGCCAACUUUUGACCCGCAUACAGGAGAGGAUUCACUUCAGCGAGCGCGAGGCGAGCGAGAUAGUCCGAGAGAUCGCGAGCGCGCUAAAUUUCCUUCACAAGAAAGGUAUCGCUCACAGGGAUUUGAAACCGGAGAACAUUUUGUGCGUCUAUCCGGACAAAUUAACACCGAUCAAACUGUGUGACUUCGAUCUCGGUUCAGGCAUUAAGUUCAACAAUUCGCUGUCGAGCCCCGUAGCCACGCCACAGCUUCUGACGCCGGUCGGCAGCGCCGAUUUCAUGGCUCCCGAAGUCGUGGAGGCUUUCAUCGGGGAGGCGAACUACUACGACAAGCGUUGCGAUCUCUGGAGUCUCGGGGUGAUCACGUAUAUCUUGCUGUGCGGUUACCCGCCGUUCUAUGGGAAUUGCGGCUCCGACUGCGGCUGGGAGAGAGGGGAGAAUUGUCAAGCUUGCCAGGAGCUCCUGUUCAACAGUAUUCAAGAGGGCAAGUACGAAUUCCCGGACAACGAAUGGAGCAGUAUCUCGGAGGAUGCGAAGGAUUUGAUCAGGGGUCUACUCGUCAAGGAGGCCCAACAAAGGUUCAGCGCGGAGAGCAUUCUGAAACAUCCGUGGAUCACUCCCGGUCCGAAUUCCGUCGAGAAUACCGAAAAAUCUCUCACUACUCCUCAUAUCAUUAGGAGGAACAAUUCUGCUAGAGAACUCUCGGCGUUCGCUGAAUCAGCAAUGGCUGUGAAUCGUGUGGUACUUCAACACUUCUCCGUGAAUUUGCAAGAACUGACGGAGAAGAGGGAGCCGAGAUUGUCAACAUCGUCGACGGACGAGGACAACCAUCCUUACGGGCACAUGUCCGACUCGGGCAGCGAACUGUCGGAGCACAGUAAGGUUUGCGCGAAUCAUUCCUCGGGAGAGUUCGACGCGCGUCAGAAGAACUGCUGCUCCUCCUCGAUCGACCGAAUCGAAUCGGCGAAGGUGAUCGGGAAGAAUCGGUUGAUCGGGAAGGAGUCCUCGCUGCAUCAGCUGUUCGGUUUGUCACCGCCUAGCGAGAGCCGUCUGAUGCAGCGCCGACUGAAGGCUCGAUCAAAUCUGCUCGAACUCCAGACCAACAAACCAGUUAUCAUGACACCGAGUGGCUGAGAAGUAAUAUCUUUUCGUGAGAAACAAGCAUCUCCUUUCUUGGUAGCGUAUAAUUCGUAUUUACACGUCUGCAUGUACAGAUACGAAACAAGUGUGUACAAUAAUGUUACAUCUCUAUCGACGAUUUACAAACGGUAACGAGUGAUUCGAAUCCUAUACGCGGUUGACUUUGAAGGUCGUGUUUCGUUUGAAAGUAACGCGGGGGCAUCUUUACUUCGUUUUCUUCAUCGUUCGCAUUUCUUUACGCGUAUUCUUUGACUGGAUCUUGAUUCGCGCGACGAUACGACCUUUUAUUGGACACGCGAGCACGAUUAGUAUAUACAUCGCGACACGCGUCUUUGGCGCGUAACUCUCGGACAAUAAUUUUUCGCGAUUUCUUAUUCCACGGAAUUUAUAAACAUCGCGCGCGAAUUCCAUCGUCUCUUUUUCUCUUUCUUUCCCUUGUUAUCUCGUACUAGUUUCUCUGACGUUUCCUGCUUUUUAACGUAUUUAAGUUCGUAAAGAUGCAGCUCUCCUUCAAUUCGUUUGUCACGUUCUGCUUUACGUUCGUUAAACAUCGAUAUGAACGAAUGUACAGCGGGGGAGGCAUCGUUGUUCCGUUGUAUUUAAAUCGAAAUUUAAAUUCGACUUAACGUUAUCGUUGCCCUCUCGGUUCCGAAUCUUCACUCGACAGCUGUUAAAAGUGUUCCUAGAUUGUUAUGUUAAAAACGUUAUACAUGACGCGACGUAAAAGAACUACAUAGGUAGAUAACUCUGUACUUAUUUUUUCACUGUAGAGAUGAUGCAGAUGUAUGUUCGUUCAUAUUGAUUUAACGAAGAAGUUUUACAUGUAUAAGCAGGUAAAAAAUGUAGGGAAAAAGUUGUUCAAUGAAUUUUUGUGUUCAGUAUUUCCGAAGAGAAACCUUCCGUGGUUGCUCGCACUAGUUUUUCUUUUUCCUCCCAUUUGUUUCUUUAGUUUCGCGUCGUAUCUCGUGCCGCGGUUACGACUAAUGAAGCGCUUAGACAUUUCUCUUCCCUACUGACAUUCAUUUUUUUGAGAACGGCAAAGAGUCUUCGAAUGAAAAAGAAAAAAAUACAAAAAAAAAUAAUAAAGAGAAAAAAACAGAAACGGUGUUAAAGUGACAAAAGUAAUAAAAGAAUGCGCGUCUCUUGGUGCAUGUUACGAAUAGUUUGCUCAGUAGGUAUCUAAGAAUGUAGUAGAGUGUAAGUCCGAAAAUGUCGCGAAUAAGAAUACCCAAGAAAGGAAAAGAGAAUAACGCGUGCUUACGUCGAGAAAUGAGAAAGGGGCGACGACUACGGCCAUUUUUUGUAAAUGUCUCUUAAGUAUCUUUGUAGGAAGUUAGCACGUAAGGAAGAAUAUAAGAAAAAGUUAGUUUAACAAAAAAAAAGAAAAAAUACAGAAAAAAUUGUACCUGCGUCGUAAUUGAUUAAGGGGAAAAAAAGAAAUACAGUGAGAAAGCGAGAGAAAGAGAGAGAGAGUGAUUGAGUGAACGAAUGAGAGCGGGAGAGUGAUUUCCACUGCGCUGUGAGAUAUGCACGUGCAUUGACGGAAAUAACUACGAACCUCUAGACUACACGAAAGAUCACAUAAAACACAAAACAUCCAUUAAUUACUGUUACGUAUUUUUGUAGAGUUUUAUCGAUGAGAAAGAGAGAGGAGUGAGAGCGAGAGUGUCGUUUUAUCGCGUCUACCCACCUGCAGUCACGAUCACCGUCGAUUGCAAACGACUUCUUUUCUUCGCCAAGCAAUUCUUAUUUUUACGGAGUACAAGUAUCGUCGAUUGUCCGAACUGACAACAGAUCUGUCCUGAUGAUCGACAGGCGUUUCCAGUGCACGUUGCGUAAACAUGAAAUUUCGUCGAACGUUUGUCUUGGUUCUCUAACGCCUAAAGAGAUCUAGACGCGUAUAUAACGAUACAACUGCACGUCCUAUCGCGUGAGAUUCGAGAGGAAAUUUAUAAAAUGAAGCAACGGAGAUUGGAUCGCAGUAUGUGUGUGACACGACACGCAGUGAUUACAGUAUAUGCAUAUGGGAUCGUACUGUCCGGUGGGAGACUUUUUACUCAGGGCAGUUGACGAAGGCUGCGUAAAUUUGUUACGAAUUGCGCACACUUAUCGCGCGUUUUGAAGAGAGCCGAGGAGAUAGAGAUAGAGCUUACGAUGCCUGUAUGCGAUCCGAGUCCAUCCAGGGUUAUCGAGUCAUCGAUCGUUUUAACUUGUUCUUCCUUCGCGAUGAGAGCGACCCUAAAACGGAGCGUGUCCGAAGUAUGGGGUAUUAUUUGAGAUACGCGGUGGUAGCGAACACCGAUUCGUUCAGACGAUAAAGGGCACACAGGGACUGAGACACGGGUUACGCUAAAAUUUCCUCUCGAGGAUGUUCGAUCUUUCCGAAGUCUCUCUUAUAUACAUGCGUCAUCCGUUUUGCCAUAUUAAUCUCGAAUGAAAAUUCGAUGUCCACAGAGAGCGAUAGAUAUGUAUCUCGGGCAACAGCCUGUAUAAUCGUUAACAAAUGUUUGGUUGCAGCGGUACACCAUCCAUCGGUUUGAAUAUUAGAGUAUAUACGACAGUAUAUGCUGUAAGGUCUGAAUGUCAAGCCUCGAGCGAGAAUCUUGUCUCCUUGAAAAUUGAAACAUUUGAUAACGGGAUGAGCGCUGUCAAUUUGUCGGCAUCGAUCUUUAUAACUGGACACGGUAUGAAAACUAGUAUCUGUAUCAUGUAAUGAAAGACUUGUGAAUUUAUUCUCACCGCUUCCAAUUGUAGAGAUCGGUGUCACUCGAACGUUGUAAAGAAAAUAAAUCGUGCGAACGCCUAGUCGCGUAAUUGCACGUGCUUACGACGUAGAAACGAGAAAAAACAUUAUUUAAUAUUACGUAUAUCGGUUUCUCGAACCACGGAAACCGCGAUUUUUGCCCCUUUUUCUUUGGUAGGUCGGAAGAUACGACCGUGCGACGAACGGUGAACAAGAAGUGGAGUGAUGAGGGGAUACGUGUUCCCGCUGGCGCGUGAUCGUUUCUUCUGGCUCCGACUUAGUUUUACCUUUGUUCAUCGUAGAUCGGUGCCGGACGCGUUGUAACGUCCACUGAAAUUCUCAGCAUUUAACGACUCAAUUCAAACCGACUCAUUUUUCAUUUGUUCUUUUCAUUUGGUUAUUACGCGUCGACACGAUUUCAGUUCGGUAAAAGAAUCGAGCCCAUUCUCGACCGAUAUCCGAUUGCAACCAUUUGUAUCUUCUACAAUUCAAUUAGAAAUCAUCAGGGAUCGGUAUGGGUCGAGCGACAAAACAUAUUUUCAGUGUGUUGAUAAAUCAAGUGCAGACAAAUACUUUUUGCGAAGAACAUUCAAAUACAAGAGAACGCGAAAGAAUGAAUGUGUGUGUGUGUGUGUGCGGGACAGAGAGAGGAAGAGAAAGAGAUGAGCAGUGACAAAUCUGUGAACUCGAAACGAUCGAAUCUAUAUAUGGCCAUAAUAAUAUAGAUCUACAAAUUGUAAUAACGCGGGGAACGUGUGCGUGUACGUAAUAUAUGCGACAUGUGUGUGCAUGCGUGCAGCGAAAUCUGAUGAAAAAAAACAAUAUUUAGAGUUUAAGUUUAACCGAAAGGGUAAACAUCUUUGUAUAGAUUUGUAAAAGUAUACACGCGUGCUGAGACACCGUUGCGGUAAUCGACGAAUCUUCGCACGAUCGCAAUUUUCAAAAGCAUCCACCCACCACACCGGUUUUUUAAUUCGAGUUCGAAAACAGAUGCCACUUACCCCUGAACAUCAAUUUGAAUCGAGUGAGCGCCGGGUUCUCUAAAAUUCGUCCAUCAAAAAUCACAGGACAUCUGUGAACAACUGAUGUUCGACGUACUUAUCGCAGCGGUGUGUUAAGACUUGUGUGCGCGAAACACGCAACACUGUUUACGAGUUUCUUCCGGGUGACGAAAGACGCUUCUACCCUCGCGUCUCCGUCCUCGAAUCCACGAGAGCGCAAACGAGAUCGUGACUUUCGAACGUGUCAAAUUGUACAAAUUUGACGAGAGGAAAAGCGAGAAAUUUUAUUCAACGAACGUUCGGUCUCGAGUGGAUCGAGAAGGAAUCGAGUGCUCGUCGAAUAUGAUUUCUACUUCGAGUACACCUUGGAAGAGACAGCAUUUUCGUUAUAUUUUCCUUUUUUUUUUUAUUCUGAACAGAAGUCAGUAUACACAAAGAGAUGAGAGAGGCAAGGGGAGAAAGAGAGAAAGAGAAAAAACUGAUAAAAAAUAUCCUUGAAGCAUCGAAAUAAAAAAGAACGUCAAAGACGCCUUUUAAAUGAACGUAUUAUCUUUUGUUUCUUUUUUUUAAGUUCUGUUUGUCUUUCCGAUAUUUACAGAAUUCCUCGGAUGUGCGGUAGCUGCGAUUCGUUUGUAUCGUGGACAUUCAGGAAGAAACCCGUCGUUGCUCUUCAUCAAUUUUCGGAUGAUCUAUCAGUUACGUAUAUUUAUAUACAUACACUGUGUCAAGAGUCGCUAAACAAUCGUGAGAACGAUGCUCGUCCUUUUUUCUGUGAAAAAAAAGAGACGCAAACCUCGUAUACAAAGAUACACUUUUGUACGUAAACCGAGCAGAACGGUAAGAGGAGCAGAACGAAACGAGAAAUACCUAACGACGGGAACGGGAUAAAUGCAUUUUUACGAUUUUCGAAGAUGCAUACGUUGGAGCAAUAACGCUUCGCGUGGAUGAUUUUUCUGAUCGACAAAAACAAUCUUCUCCAAAAAAAAAAAAAGACAAAUCUCUUGUAAAGUAAUUUCGGCUGCGACUCGAACUUGGGUUGCGUGUGAAAGGGAGAGAACAAGAGGUUCAUACAUGGACGGAGCAUUAGCUUCCAGGUGAAGAUUCAGUGCAGCGACUUCGAUUUCAAUAUUCUUCGUUAAUCACUAUGUGACAGAUGUUUAGGCCUUGCCUAUGACACCACAGGUACAGAGUAAUUUCGAAUGCAUUCGGCCUCAGCCGAGGGGACCAUGUACCAUUCUUCUCGUCGUAACUAUACCUAAACCUAAACGCUUCGACUCAUAACUCCCUUUAGCGUCAUAAAACCAAUACUGAUCAGUAAUUUUAAUUGUUCUUUCGAAACAUUUUUAAAUACAAGCGUUGUUCAUAUGGUUCCCUAAACAUAUCAUGACCACGACUCAGAAUCUUCCUAUUCCUCAGAGUUAGUGCUCCGUCUCCGUCUAUGCGUAGACGUCUGUGAGAAGGCUGUUUCUGGCCAAGCUUGGUUUCGCCUAGUUACGGAAAGCAUUGUUUCUUCAUGUAAGAGCGAGCCAGUCUUACGAGAAAACUUUGUAAGCUUCCUAAUAAAAUAGCAUUUACUCGAUAGAGUUUGUAAA